UUCUUCUUGUUUCUAGAAACUUCUUCGAAGUCGCUGGUUCGUACGGAGGGUUUUCGGCUAUGAAGAAGUUUCUCCACGCGUGUACGUUAAUGCUGCUUUUCAUCGUCUUCGUGGUCUUCUCCUCGUGUCCAACGGUCACCAACUGCAUUCGCACUCCUCCACUCGAGUUAGGACAUCCUUCCACUCGUGUCCAAACACACCACAACAAGGAAACAAAGGGGAAGAGAGGGGUAGAAAUGGAAAUGUACCCGUCGGGGUCGGGGUCGAGUUUGCCGGACUGUUCGUACGCGUGCGGUCCGUGUUCGCCGUGCAAGCGCGUGAUGAUCAGCUUCAAGUGCUCUGUCGCCGAAUCAUGCAGCGUCAUCUACAGGUGCACGUGCAAAGGCAGAUACUAUCACGUGCCUUCCCGGGCUUGACAAUCCUCACCGUCCGUUUUUUUUGGCUUUCCAAUCGUAGGGUCUUAAAUCAUUUAAAUUUAGUUGGCUAAAAUUCGUACCAGUUUUCGCGA